UUCAGAGUUGGAAGUUAUGAAUCGGCUUUUCCUCUCCUUCAUAUCCAAAAACCCAAAAUCCGUCGUUUCUCUUUCUCUCUCGAACAAUGGCAGUCCCUCCAACCUCAUACCUCCACUCCAGAGUUGACUCUUCCCACCUCUCUCUUAGCUGUGGCAGCAAAGUCUUUGUGGGUUUAAGAGCUCAAUCUCCAAAUUGUUAUGGAGUGGGAAAGCAAAAUGUGAAUGUGGAGUUUCACAAUAAAGUUUACAAAAGCAUCCAGUCCAGGUCUAGUAACAGCAAACCAACACGUGGCCGUGUUUCAAUGAUGCCAAUAGGAACACCUAGAGUUCCUUAUAGAAAUGCUGCUGAGGGAACUUGGCAGUGGGUUGAUUUGUGGAAUGCUCUUUACCGUGAACGUGUUAUUUUUAUUGGGGAAAACAUAGAUGAAGAGUACAGCAACCAGAUACUUGCAACGAUGUUGUACCUUGAUAGUAUUGAUGACUCAAAGAAGCUUUAUCUGUACAUUAAUGGCCCUGGAGGAGAUCUUACUCCUUGCAUGGCUAUCUAUGAUACAAUGCAAAGCUUGAAAAGCCCUGUUGGUACUCACUGUGUGGGCUAUGCCUAUAAUCUGGCUGGAUUUCUUCUUGCUGCAGGUGAAAAGGGUUAUCGUUUUGCAAUGCCUCUUGCAAGAAUUGCAUUGCAGUCUCCAGCUGGAGCUGCCCGUGGUCAGGCUGAUGAUAUACGUAACGAGGCUGAUGAGCUCCUACGUGUAAGGGACUAUCUUUUCAAGGAGUUGGCUAAGAAAACUGGGCAGCCUGUUGAGAAGAUUCACAAGGACCUAAGUCGACUGAAGCGCUUCACUUCUCAGGAGGCUCUUGAGUACGGUCUCAUUGAUCGAAUAGCCAGACCUGCUCGUAUAAAGGCCUCUGCACCACGGAAGGACUCUACAGCCGGUCUUGGUUAGCACAUUCCAUUGUUGUAGUAAGCUUAACACCAGUAGCUACACAGUUUUCAGUAUUGCUGGAAAAGCUUGAAAGUUGUUUCUUUACAUGUAUUAUUUGCACCGGAAACAGGUGUAGUUGCACUGUUUAUAUUUACGGAAUAUUUUCAGUGUUCCCACGGGGAUUGCUGCAGCUUCCUCUCGACA